GCGGUCACAUGACUAACGCGGAAGUCAACAAACCCAGGCAGCGACAUGUAACGACCAAAAGCACCUCACUUCACUUUAGUUUCCUGUUUUUAUGUCUUCCGUUUAACGUUAGCUUCAUGUGUUUUAGAAACUACAACCUAAAUGAAACGGUGCGCCUUUCAAAGGUCAACGGCUGGACGUUACUUACCGUUGCUUAGCCAGCUUUAACGUCGGGUAGUUUAGUGAAACACUUUCAGGAUGCAGAAUGAGUCCCGUCUGUCGAGCAUUAAUGUGGUGCUUGUUAUGGCCUUUGGAAGUCUGGUAUUUGUUUUGCUGUUUAUCUUUGUGAAAAGACAAAUUAUGCGGUUUGCCAUGAAGUCCCGGAGAGGACCACAUGUCCCCAUUGGCCACAAUGCUCCUAAGGAGCUGAGACAAGAAAUUGAAGCCAAACUUUGCCAAGUCCAGAAAAUCCACUUCGAGCCUCGUCUGCUGUCCUCAGACGAUGACCGGUUAAAGCAACCUGGUUCCUAUGACUACCUGUACAGGAUGAGAGCACUGGAUGCCAUCAGAGACAUUGAUCUCCCUUUCCGUGAACUGGGAGGAACGUCCACUGCGGUGACCGGCAAAAGACUUCGGACCUGGCUUUUACAGCUGCGGAAUUCCAACUGCAUGUUACGAGACAGUGUGAGCUCCCUUGUCUACACGGUGCUGGAUGGGUACAAUAAAGCACGACACGGGGCAGAGCCUUUUGGUGAAGCAGAGUUUUUAAAGUAUCAUGAGGCUCUAACUGAACUGGCCUCCAUCGUCAAGUCUCGCAGCAGCGGCGGCUCUCCGAGCCAACACCACCAGUCUGCAGCCAAAGACCUGACCAGCACCACGGAGCCUGCAAGCUCCUCCACCUCCCCCACCCAAACCACCUACCUCACUUCAAUGCAGCAGCGCAGCAAGCGGCCCAGACACUUCCUGGAGCUGAAAAACUUCAAAGACAACUAUAACACUCUGGACAGCUAGUUCUGAAAGAAACGCCCAUCCAAAAGAAAGGUCAAGGAUAAGGUGGUGAUUAAAGUGCCUGUGAAUGUAGUUUAGAGCCAAGUGAUACAAACACUGCCUUUAUAUACUAACACUAGCCUGGUUUACAGUGAAGUGCAUAUCAGACUACUGGCACAGUGCUUUUUCACCUAAGUGUAGCUUAUGCGUAUAUCCUGUAUUAAUGCAUGUAUGAGUGCUGUGUAUGAUUGGGGAGAAAACUCACUAGAAGUAAGUAGGGUUGAUUUGACCAAAACAAAACCAGAGCUAUGGGGCUAUGCAAAAGCAUAUGACAAUCAGUAUUUAUGCACAAUGCAAAGACCUAUGCAGCAAUUAACCAACUGUAUUUAAACAUGCUGAUAUUUAAAGGUGCAAUAUGUGAGAUUUGGCCACCCGUUGUCCUAACAAAUAGUAGCAGCAUAUCAACAUAGUAAACUUUAACUGCUGUCUUCUCUUUAUACCUCCAUUACUGUAGCCACUGGUAGCUUCUUAGCUCAGUUAGCCGUGCAGCUUCGCUCACACAGUUCGUACGAGAACUUUUGGACCACUGAGAGGAUUUCAGGCGUGGGGCUAGCAGGUUAGCAUUCUAACUUCAAGAGAUAUAUCUGCACCGUAGUACAUCCACAUGUUUGACAAAAUAUCACUAAUACUGUUCUCCACGUUCAGUUGAUAACUGUAGUUAAUUUUUGAAUGUUUUUUAAGAUGACGUUUUUACAUAUCGCACUUUUAACUGUAGAGAAAACAGGUGUUGAUGGUUGCCUCACACUGAGAAAAACAACACACCGUUCAUGUCACUUAUGUUUACGUCUGUGUGUGUCUGUCAGCAUGUUUUUGAGCCUUAAACGUUUAUUUUACAGAAGCCAUACUUAAAUUAAUGAAUUUUAAUGAUUAAGUGCUCUUUUGAUUUAAUCAGUUCUUUCAGGGCAAUGUACUUUAACAGUGUUCCUGUGUAUUAAUGCAUUCUGAAUGUGAGUUAAUGCAUCAGGGGGAGUCUCUCUUGAGUUUUGUCUUUUCUGGAGGUUGACUAGCCUUCAAAUAUCUUAACUCUUUGUUUUUAUAUCAUAUUCAGGGCUCCUAAUGAGGUAAUUGUAUUGUCUGUGGUGCCUAUUGUGCAACUUGCCAUCCAAAUAAAACAGUUACAUACAGUCCAAAUGUC